AUGGCCGCCCGAUUCUCGGCUGCUGCGCUGGCCCCCUUAAGACCGACCUCGAGCUCGAUUUGCGCCGCCCGCCACCUUAGCUGGGCCCUAUCUCGGAAUCAGCAAACCCGAGGCGUUGCGCAGACUCAUCUGAGAAAGGUCGCUGAGGGCGAAGAGCGUUGGAAGGCUAGGGCAGAAAAGAUUCAAAAUGGAGAGCUGCGGCACGUGUGGGACAUCUUGGACGAGCGAGGAUACAUCAAGGAUGUAGCAGGAAACACGGACAGAAUCAAAGAAAUCAUGCGAAUCAAGCGCAUUGGCGCAUACGUCGGAAUCGACCCCACGGCGGACUCACUACACGUAGGCCACAUGCUGCCACUGAUGCCUCUCUUCUGGCUGUGGUUUCAUGGGUACCCCGCUGUCACGCUCAUCGGUGGCUCGACGGCAAGAAUUGGCGAUCCCACUGGCCGGUUACAAAGUCGCGAUCACAUUUCCAACUCCGACAUUUCUAAGAACAUCACCAAAAUCCACUACCAAUUGACAAAACUGUGGCACAACGUCGUGCAGAUGCGCAUAAAGUACGGAUACGAAGACGAUUGGGCGGCCAAAAGAAGUUUGCUUAACAACAACAUGUGGCUGCAGGGCCUAACACUAUACGAUUUUAUAAAGAGACUUGCCAGGGACACCCGAAUCGGCCCCAUGCUGAGUCGAGAUACGGCCAAGCGCAAGCUAACAGAGGGCGACGGCAUGUCGCUGGGCGAAUUCAUCUACCCUUUGCUGCAGGGUUGGGACUUUUGGCACAUGUACAACAAGAUUGGCGUGCAAAUGCAGAUCGGAGGCUCUGAUCAGUACGGCAACAUCGUUGCGGGAAUCGAGUCGCUCAAGACCAUUCGGUCUUCAGAGGAAGCCCCGUACGCGCGCAUGGAGACUGGAUGGCAACAUGACCCCAUCGGCUUCACGGUGCCGCUGUUGACAGACUCCACUGGCGUCAAGUUUGGCAAGAGUGCGGGCAAUGCGGUCUGGUUGGACGAGUUCAAGACGUCUGCUUUCGAGCUGUACGGAUACUUUAUGCGCAGAACCGAUGACGAAGUAGAAAAGAUGCUGAAACUAUUUACCUUCCUGCCCAUGCCCAAGAUCCAGUCCAUCAUGGAGGAGCACAGCGCGGACCCCUCGAAGCGCAUCGCGCAGCACAAUCUCGCCUUCGAAUUCGUGUCCUUGAUCCACGGAUCACAAAAAGCCCUGGAAGAGGCCCAGCAGCACUCCUUCCGCUUUGGCGGCCAGCUGCCCAACAUCGUCAAGGAGCCCGCCGAAAGCUCCGGCAUCAUCAACCCCAACACGGCGCCCCGCAGCGACAUCAAACUGCCCCGCUCCGUCAUGGCCCUGUCGCCGGCCCGGCUCCUGUUCGCGACCGGCCUGGCCCCCAGCGCCGCCGAGGGCCAGCGACUCGUCAAGAUGCAGGGCGCGUACGUCGCCGCGCAGCCCGGCCAGAAGCGCGGCCUCGUCCCCGGCAACCUCGACUGGACGCCCAUGAAGAUGUGGUUCCCCGAGGAGACGGCCAAGUUCCUGAUGGACGACCGCCUGCUCAUCCUGCGCAAGGGCAAGCACAACGUGCGCAUCGUGGAGCUCGUCGAGGACGAGGAGUGGAAGGCCAGCGGGCAGGUGUACCCCGGCGAGCCAUACACGGGCGAGGUGCGCCGCCGCAAGCAGGAGAUGAUGGCGCAGGCGGCGGAGCGCGGCGAGACGUUGACGAUGACGCAGGUCAACAAGCGCCUCAAGAAGAUGGGUCGUAAGCUGGCCAACAACCCGGACAUUGAGCUGCCGAGCAAGGCUGAGGUCCGGGAGCGCGCCAAGCUGACGCGCAUGCACAAGGACGAGGAGAAGCGCAAGGGCGGCGCAGGCGAGCAAGAAUGGUGA